GCACAGCUCAGCCCCCGAGCUGCACCUUCCACGUCACAAACCUGGCUGGAAGCCUUCCUUCCCAAGGUCAAGCAAGGCCAACUCUUACAAAUAUCGAAGCAGUUCUACCAUCUAGUAUCUCACACGGUACCUUUCCUGCAUCCCCCAUAGUUCUUGUUGUUUGGCUAGCUUACAAGAUGCACGACUUCUGUUUCACCAUUCCGUACGGCUCGCUACUCAUCUUUGGCGGGCUGAUCGGUUUCCUGCGGAAGGGAAGCACACAGUCGCUCAUUGGCGGAGUAGCCUCAGGGGCGAUUCUCUGUUUCAUAGCGGCAAUCCAGCUCAAGCUUUUCAAACAGCGAAAGAAUUCGUUUGCAGCCAUCUUCGCCCAACUUGCCAUCGCUGGCGCAUUGACAUACAUUCUCGGCGAUCGAUACGUGAGCACGCAGAAGAUCUUUCCAGCUGGAGUCGUUGCGGGCUUGAGCGGCAUCAUGGCGCUUUUCUACGCUUUCAAACUCUUGACUGGUGGCAAUCACUUCAAAAAGGUGGCCUCUUCCUAGUCAGCUGACCUUGCAAGCGUUGACUUCAAACUAGGGAGCAGCUGCCUGAUUACAGGUCGCCAUGCUGUAUUUACUGAUUCUGGAGUUGUUACAGGCCGUCACGUUUGUAUCUAGAUUGGACCCAUGCUCUGCUAGAGAGCUCUCCACAGUAAAAC